AUGACUUCUCCUUUGCCUUUGUAUCGCCUGAUUGUUUUUAAUCUGCUGGAAAUCAAUGUGAGCAAUCUCAUGGUCUUUCAUUGCUGGUCGAUAAGGGAGGCGUUUCCUUUGGCUAAGGUGUUAAAUGAGAACGGCAUUUAUACGCAAUACAUUGACCUGCAACAGAGCCCUGAAAACUUGGCCAACAUCCACAAGGAUUACUUGGACAGUGACUUAGUCAGACUGGGAGUCUUCUUGGAUUUGGGCUGCGACCAAGCUGAAUUGGUAACAAAUCAGUCCAGUGAAGCACGCCUCUACAACCAGAAUCUGCAUUGGCUGCUCUACGAUGAGUCAGGGAAUCUCACCAAGUUAACCGAAUUAUUUGGGGACGCGAAUCUGAGUGUGAAUGCGGACGUGACCUUUGUGAGUCGCGAAGAGGAGGAGGUUCUCGUCCUGCACGAUGUCUACAAUCCAGGCAGUCACCUGGGGGGUCAGCUCAACAUCACAGCAGACCAGAGUCUCCAGUGCAAUCGAAGUCACUGCCAGGUGAAGGAUUACCUCAGUGAUUUGCAUUUGCGGCCUAGACUGCAGCACCGCAUGGAUUUAUCAAGGGUUACCUUUCGAAUGGCCGCUUUGGUCUCUGUGAUUCCCAUCAAUUCCAGUGCGGAGGCACUUCUCGGAUUCCUCAACAGCGAUCGGGACUCUCACAUGGACUCAAUUUCCCGCAUUGGCUAUCGUCUCAUCCUGCACACUCAGGAAAUACUCGGCUUUAAGCUCCACUACAUUUGGUGCGGCACGUGGAGCGUUCAGGAUGCCUUUGGUGGAGCUAUUGGCCUCUUGACGAAUGAGUCCGCUGAGCUCUCCACCUCCCCCUUCGUGCCCUCCUGGAAUCGCCUCCAUUACGUGCAUCCCAUGACGGAGCAGGCCCAAUUCCGGGCGGUCUGCAUGUUCCGUACUCCUCACAAUGCCGGAAUAAAGGCAGCCGUGUUUUUGGAGCCCUUCAUGCCGAGUGUGUGGUUCGCCUUCGCCGGACUCCUGAUCUUCGCCGGAGUGCUGCUCUGGAUGAUCUUCCUCCUGGAGCGGCACUGGAUGCAGCGUUGUCUGGACUUCAUUCCCUCCCUGCUCAGCAGUUGCCUCAUCAGCUUCGGAGCUGCCUGCAUUCAGGGUUCCUAUCUUAUGCCCAAAUCCGCGGGAGGGCGAUUGGCCUUCAUUGCCGUGAUGCUGACCUCGUUCCUCAUGUACAACUACUACACCUCCAUUGUGGUCUCCACUCUGCUGGGCUCCCCAGUGCGCUCCAACAUCAGGACCAUCCAGCAGUUGGCCGACAGCUCCUUGGACGUGGGUUUCGAUACGGUGCCAUUCACCAAGACUUACCUAGUGUCCUCGCCCCGUCCGGACAUUCGCAGCCUGUACAAGCAGAAGGUGGAGAGCAGGCGGGAUCCCAACAGCGUGUGGCUCGAUCCGGAGGAGGGGGUCAAACGGGUGCGAGAUCAGCCGGGGUUCGUCUACACGUCGGAGGCCUCGUUCAUGUACCACUUCGUGGAGAAGCACUACCUGCCGCGGGAGAUCUCCGACCUGAACGAGAUCAUGCUGCGACCCGAGAGCGCCGUCUACGGAAUGGUCCACCUGAACUGCACCUACCGCCAGCUGCUCACCCAGCUGCAGGUGCGGAUGCUGGAGACCGGGAUCAUUGCGAAGCACAGUCGCUUCUUCAGCAAGACCAAGCUGCACACGUUCUCCAACAGCUUCGUCAUCCAAGUGGGCAUGGAGUACGCGGCUCCCCUGUUUAUAUCCCUCCUGGGGGCCUACUUCCUUGGCCUCCUGAUCCUGACCUUGGAAAUCUGCUGGGCGCGCUAUGCCAGGAAGAAAUUAGCCACCGUUUUCCCACGGAAUCAGUAA